AUGCUGAAAAAACUGAUCGAUAAAGCUGAAGCAGAUUGGUGACAAUGGGGACUUGUUCUACGCAAGCUUACGGUGAGGCAUGGUACUGGGACAAGCGCUACGCCCACGAGCCAGGACCCUUCGAUUGGUACCAGAACUACUCCGCCAUGGCUCCUCUCAUCAAUCUCUACCUCCCUCGCUCUCACCGCCACCAUCGCAUCCUCGUCGUCGGAUGUGGUAACUCAGCAUUCAGCGAAGGAAUGGUGGAUGAUGGUUAUGAGGAGGUCGUCAGCAUUGACAUUUCCUCUGUAGUUAUCGAAGCUAUGCAGAAGAAACACUCUGAUCGUCCACAGCUCACAUAUAUGAAAAUGGAUGUUCGAGAUAUGAGUGCUUUUCCAACAGGUUCCUUCGAUGCCGUUAUUGACAAAGGGACUCUAGACUCUCUAUUGUGUGGACAUAAUUCGCAACUAAAUGCUGGCAAGAUGCUUGAGGAAGUUUGGAGGGUCCUCAAGGAUAAAGGAGUUUAUAUUUUGAUCACAUAUGGUGCUCCAACUUAUCGCCUGCGAUUGUUGAGAGAUUCAGGCUUGUGGACAAUAAAACUCCAUGUGAUAGAGAAGCUUGUGUCGGGUGAAAGCUCUGAACAUCCAAUAUGGAAGCUGACUGAUCCUCUUCCGUUGGGUGAUGAUGGAAGCUCAGUGGAAGCAGUGCUUGGAAAGAACCCUGACAUCCAUUAUAUAUACGUUUGCACUAAGGACCUUUCUUUGAAGGCAAGCCUGAAGCCUGAAGUGGCAGUUGACUGAGGAAUAUAAGCGUCUUCAACCUAUUACAUGGAGAUUCUUUUUGUUGUACCUCAAGUUCUAGCAUGUGUUGUUGUUGAGCUGAUGAUACCAGCUCUGUUUUGUGGUGUCAGUCUUUCAAUUGGUCCUAAGCAUGGCUUCAUUUGAAUCUCCUAUUUAUCCAUACGUUGAAGGGAUUGUAAUCAAACCCCUAUUACAUUGUAAUGGUGAAGUGAAGUUUUGUA